CUCUAAUCGGGGUUCCCUUUCUUCUCUCUCAUUUUCCCCCUUUCUCGACAAAACUCUAAGAGAAAUCAAUCUGGAUUCUCCAUCUCCUUCUCUCUCGUUCUCUCUCUAUUUCCAUCUCCGCCUCGAUUCUCCAUCUCCGGUUCUCCAUCUCCGCCUCGAUUCUCCAUCUCCGCCUCGAUUCUCCAUCUCUGAUUCUCCAUCUCCGCCUCGAAUCUCCAUCACUCUCCUUCAUCGCCGCUUCUCCCAGCUCCGAUUCAACUCCUGUUCUACAUCUCUUAGGUUUCAACUUAGGUUCGAACACAACAUUAUGGACAAAGCUUGGGUACAUCUAAACAGAGUUGAUCCUGGAUAUGAGAGAGGGGCUUCAAAGUUUGUCCGGGAUGUGGCUUCAGCAAUGGGAGGGGUUGAUGUUAUUGUAUGUCCGUGUAUUGACUACUGUAACAUAGUUCGACGUUCAGCAAGUGUGGUACUUGAUCAUCUUGUUUCUAGGGGUAUGGAGGAGGGUUAUAAGAUGCGGGCUGAUUGGUAUCUACAUGGAGAGUUGAACGAAGAGGUUGCUGAUGAAAGCAAAGGAAGUGAGUGGAACGAUGAGAUCUAUGGGUUGUUCAGAGCUGCUGAGUGUUUUGAUGAAGAGUUAGCUGGUAUGGGGAAUCUAUCUGAUAUGGCAGAGGGAGAGGACAAGAAAGAAGAUGAGUUCUUGGCAAAGCUAGCUGGCGCUGAAACACCAUUGUAUCCGAGCUGUUCAAGCCAUAGCAAGUUAUCUGCAAUUGUUUCGUUGUUCAGAUUGAAGACUCAGAAUGGAUGGUCUGACAAGAGCUUCAAUGAUUUGCUAGAGACCUUGCCAGACAUGUUACCUGAAUAAAAUGUCUUGCACACAUCACUCUAUGAC